AUGCAGCUACGUCUCCUUUGUGUUGGACAGACAGAACAUUCCAGUGUAACUUUGAAGGAAGACACCAAAACUAUGGAGACAAGCCCACCUGACUCAAACACCAAGGACCAUGUAGAUGCUGAGAAAGAGGAUGCUCAUACAGUUAAACAGUUGCCGUCUUCAGACGAAGAUGCAGAAGACCUUGACCACGCAUCUGAGCCACAGUCUUAUGAUCUGGGCUUUAAAAAGGUUUUUAAAUUUGUUGGAUUCAGAUUCACAGUAAAGAAGGAAAAGACGGAAAAAUCGGAACCAGUUCAACUGCUUACUGUAAAAAAAGAAACGCAAGUCCCUGAAGGAGCUGAUGAUCAAAAAGAAAUCGGCUCAGAAGAAGUAGCGAUGCCUGAGGAUGCACUCUCUGCAGAAGGUGCCACCAAUGACACACUGAAAAAUGAAAAACCAGAAGACGAAUCUCCUAAAACACCAGAAGCAAAUGAGAUUUGUUCUCAGUCAGCUGCCUUAGCCACCGAUACUGCAUCACCGUUAAGAAAAUUUUUUACUCAGGGCUGGACUGGAUUUAGAAAAAAGAAGAGUUUUAGGAAGCCUAAAGAAGAUGAACUACAGUCUCCUGUGAACGAAGAGGGGCAAGAAAAAGAGGGGGCAGCGUUAACAACUGAAAUUGCUGAAAAGGAGGAGAAAUCUGAGCAAGAUGAGGAGAAGAAUGUGACAGCAGUAACUAUUGAAGCGCACGAGAAUGAGCAAACUGAAGGUGAAAAGCAGGAGUCAGAAAAGACUGCGGCAGCCAUGGGAGCUGAAGCAUGUGAGAAGGAAGAGCAAAGCAGGUGUGAUGAGCAGGGACAAAACCAGGAUGUAGCAGCAGCAGUUGUUAAAGAAAGUGCGAUGGAGAAAAAAGCUGAAGGUGAUGAACACGAAAAGAACCUGGUGGAAGUCUCGGAAGAUCUUGGUAAAAAGGAAGAAAAACCUGAAGAAGGAGAGAAAGAAAGUGAGGUGUCAGAGAGACCACUAAAAGUAAGGUCUGUGGUGCCUAUUACUACAGACAGUGUGAAUGGAGAAUUGAAUGCAUCCUUGGAAGUCCUACCUGUGGGAGAAAAAACAGAGUCAACUGGAGUCAAGUGUGAAAUAGAGGAAAGAACUGAAAUAUCCUCUGAAGAGAAACUUGAAGCAGAAUCUUUGGCAAUUGACGUUCCUAGCGAGCAGCUUAAAAAAUCUGAAGUAAGAGAAGGAAAUAAACCUGCUCUGCUGGGGAAAGAAGCAUUAGAUGAAAAAACAGAGGAAACGGAGUUGAAAAUCUCACCUACAUCAGAAGAUAUCACUGGGAAGUUAGACACACAAGGAGAAGCUCAAGAUAGAAGCACAGAGAAGAAAGAAGGCAUAGAACAUGAGACAAAACUGAGUGUGGGGGCUCCUGGAUUGAAGUCCUUUCCUACUGCUGAGCAUUCAGUUGACACAGAGGAUGAUCAACAGUCGGUCAAACCCACUGAUGAAGGUCUACAGGGAAAGACUAGUGUAGUUAUGUCUGAUACUGCCAAACCAGAUGAAAUAACCACAGAAAUGAAUCCUGAAGCUGGAAAGAAGCCUCCAGAAGGUAUCACAAAUGAAGCUGAACUGCUGUCUUCUCAAGAAAAAACUAAACUACAAGGCAGCCCUUUAAAGAAACUCUUUACAGGUACUGGAUUAAAAAAACUGUCUGGAAAGAAGCAUAAAGUCAAAAGAGAAGAACCUAAGUUAGGGGAACAGGGUGAACUAAUUCAGCACUUAUCAGAUUCCCCAGAUAGCCCGGAGGAACAAAAGGGGGAGAGUUCUGCUUCUUCUCCUGAGGAAGUGAAUGAAAUUCCUUCUUUGGAAAAAUCUGUAGAUGGAAUGCAGGUCACUGAAAAUGAUGAUGCUGCGAUUUCAGAUGUGGAGCGAAAAAGAGAAAGCGUUACACCCUGGGCAUCAUUUAAAAAGAUGGUGACUCCCAAGAAACGUGUCAGAAGACCUUCUGAAAGCGAUAAAGAAGAGGAAAUCGAUAAGACAAAGAGUGCUGUAGCCUCUGCAACUGAAAACGCCAUUGACGAAAAUCAGGGAGAAUUAAAAGAAAAUGGGAUGGACCAGAAACCAGAGAAAGCUACAGAAGAGCCUAAACGAAAGGUGGACACCUCCGUGUCCUGGGAAGCUUUUAUAUGUGUAGGUUCUUCAAAGAAAAGAGCCAGGAAAUCAUCAUCAUCUGAUGAAGAAACUGAACAUAAGCUUGGUCAAGAAAGCCAAAAGGUAGAAGAACCUGGACAAAGCAAAGAAACAGCAACAGAUGUAAUUCUUACUAGUUCUCAGGAGAGUGAUCAAGGACAAGGCAACUCUUCCCCAGAACAAGCUGGAAGCCCAUCUGAAGGGGAAGGUAUUUCAACAUGGGAGUCAUUUAAAAGGUUAGUCACUCCAAGAAGAAAAUCCAAAACCAGAAUGGAAGAGAGAACGGAAGACUCUGUUGUGGGAUCUAGCCUGGAGCAUUCAACAUCGGAUGGUGAGCCUGGAAAAGAUGAAUCGUGGGUUCCAUUUAGAAAACUGAUGCCUGGGCGUAGGAAGAAAAAGUCAGAUGGGAAGUCAGAACCAACUCUUAAACAAGCAAGAGAAGACAUGGCAGAAGCAACUGAGGAAGAUUCAGAUAUCCCAGCUGUUGUUCCUUUAUCUGAAUAUGAAGCAGCAGAGCAGGAGAAAAUUGAAGCCCAGCGAGCAAAAGAUGCUGAAGCGAUGAGAGAACAAACCUCAGAGGAAGAGAGAGCAGAAAAAUUAGAGGAGACCCUAAGAAUUGAGCAAGCACAUGAAGGGCUGGUACAUGCAGUUACUGUUACCGUUGUGGAAGGGGAAAGGGCGGUUACCAGCAUUGAAGAAAGGUCACCGUCUUGGAUAUCUGCUGCCCUGACAGAGUGCAUUGUACAGGCAAAAGAAGAGGAAGAGAAAGAAGCUAAGAAAAAAGCCGAAUUGGAUGUUAUCGUGGAAGAAGCAGUGGUGGCUGCUAAGACAGUGCCAGAGACGAGAAGGGAUGUAAGUGAUGACACCACAGCAAGUGAGCUAGAGCCAACCUCUGAAGCAGUGACAGCUCUGGAGGAGACAGCAGAAGCUUCCUGUGCUGAAGAAACAAUGGAAAUGUCCCUUGCUGAGGAGACAACUGAGAUGGUUUCUGCUGUUUCACAGUUAAUAGAAACCCCAGAUACUACAGAGGAAGUUACACCCGUACAAGAAGUAGAGGCCACUGAACAAAACUUGAAAGAAUUAGACAGACAGACACAAAAAGUUCUUCAUGAAGUUGCUGAAAGAGUAAAGUCAGCAGAUGUAGCCCAGCUGGUUAGUGAAAGAACCACGGCAGCAACUGUAAUUACAGCAGUGGAAGGAAUUGAGUCAGAAGUGAGAUAUGAUGCUAAAGAUGGGAAGGUUGUAGAUCAGGAAAGUGUUUUGCUUGAACAGGCCCUGAAAAAAGAAGAAUGCAAGGAGGAUGACCUCCAGGCCUUGGGAAGUGCAGGGAGCAUUCAGGGCCAAACCAGACCUGAAGAGAGUGUCCUACAGGAAGGUUCAGAGAGAAGUGAAAUACUAGCUCCAACAAAAGAACGCACAGAAGGAGGUGAAAAUGAAGAUGUACUGAGAGAUGAAAGCCAGUGGCAGGCAUGUGAGGAGCCAGUUGUAGAAGACCAUGAAGAAAUAUGUGAAGUUCAGAGGAGAGUAGAGGAACCUUCAUCACAAGCAGUCACUCCUAAGGAAGAGCCGUUAGCAAAGCAGGAGCCUUCGGAGCAAGAGAAACUGCCCAUAACAGAUUUGACAGUAGAUGAGACAAGAGAUGAAUGUAUUCCAGAAGCACAGACUACGGUGCAGGAUGAGACAAGGGAUGAAACCUCUACCUUGAGGCUUACAGCUGACGAGCCUGCGCAGCUGGAAGGAGAGGACAGAACGCUCACCGUGGGAUCAGAGUGCACAGAAGCAGCUGUCACUGUGGUCCCUGUUAAACCUGAAAGCCAAGAUGAAAUUCCUGACUUAGACUCACAAGAGCAAGCUUGUACUAAAGGAGUUCAUAGCAGGCCACCUGCCCAGAGAGAGGAAGGAGAAGAUGAUGCUGUGCUCCUUGGAGUAAAAAGCACAGAAGUCACUGUUACUGAGGUUGCUCUGCAGAAUGAGGAAAAAACCUCUGCCCUUCCUUCAGAAACAGUGGGUUCGGAAGCAGCUGCAGAUGCUGAGCAGAGUGUGAGGGAUGGGGCUGACAGGCAGAUUGCAGCAAAAGAUUCUGUGCCCAUCCUAGAGCCACAAUGCAGAGAAAAAACAACUGAAACUCCCUCCCAGAGUGAUGAAACCAAAGGUGGCAAAAUGGAAGAUGCUGUGCUUGAAACUGAAACGCACUUAGAGAGUGAUACCACCGUCAUUGAGGCUCCUGCACAGACUGAAGCAGACAGCAUACCUAGUUCAGCAUCAGCGUGCCCAGACGUCACUGAAAAUGGAAGCGCAGUCCUCGCUGAUAUAAGUUCUUGGAAAUGUGAAGCACUAAGCAGCUUAGCCGAAGAAGAGGCUGUGGAAAAAGAACAGGAACUUGUGGAAACCUCCAGCUGUCAAGACUUUCAGAAAGAAGAUAACAAAAAGGAGCAAUUUAUGGAAAGAGCCAAGGAAGUAUUUGAAUCUGGAAAACAGGAAGCUGUGAGAGUUGAUGAAUGUUCAACUGCUGUCCAGCAAGAGGCUUCAGCUGCGCAAGAGCAAGGCUCUGACUCGGCCUUCCUACAACCUGAAAGUUUGGAGCCUCUGCAAGUGCCUGUAGCAGCUGCAGCAGUUGAAGAGCAUGUCAUGGCCAAAACUGUAGUGCCUGCAGACACGACAGCCAAAUCUGUACAGCCCUUAGCCACCACACCAGAGCAAGUAGCUGCUGAAGAGGUCCCAGUUGCUGCUGCUGACUCUUUAGUCUCUGGGACUGCAGAGCUUGGUAGUGCAGGAGCACCUGAGGCUCAGGUAACUCCUGCUUCCGUGAAUGGAAUAUCAGAGGAGCAAGAGAGGCCCCAGAGUAUGGGGCAACCCAAACAAAAUGGUAUUCCUCUAAGUGACAGUCUGUCUCUCACCUACACAGAAUGUGAGGAGGAUGUUGUUCAGUCUGUGACUGUAGAGUCCCAGAGUACGAAAAUUGUACUGAACGCCAUCCAGACGGCUGUUCACAGACUUGCAGAAACAGAAGAGUCGGCUGCCUUUGAGUCAGAGCAGCACAUUAAGUCUGUAGGGAAUAGCCCCUCAGAUACAAAUAUACCUGAACCUUUGGAAAGCAUGCAGGGGGAUCAUCAACUUCCAGUAAAAGAGGAAGAGAUAUGGACUAAAGAACAAGAGCUCCAGCAGUCAGGAAUAGUGAAAACUGCUACCUUAACAGAUUCUGCAGAAAUUCAUACAAUUGUAGAAAAAACAACAGAUGUGCUGUUAACUUCUGAGAUGCUGGAAGAUGGACAAAGUCAGAAUUCUUUAACAAUUGUGACUACCCCUGAAGAUGUUUCAAGGGAAAGUGUGAGUCUUCAGAAAUCAACACUAGAUCAAAGUACUUCAGAAGAUUCAACCAAAGACCCCCUAGACAUACAUCCACCAAAAUUAAGGGAAAAAGAGGUUGGGCGGAUUAUGGAAAUCCCAGACCAGCAUACAGGUCAGCAAAUAUGCACAGGAAGUGAGGAGGAAGAACAACAUCACACGCCAGUGGAAGAUGGGAAAACACAGACAAUGGAGGAUGAUAGCUGCCCAGAAGGAACACAGUGCGAUAGUCCGCAGAGUCAGAGCUUAGUGGCUCCUGAGGCCUUGAAU